AUACAAUAUACGCCGAACACAUCCAUAUUACCUCCCCCCCAUACAUGCCUGUUUCCUCUAUAUUCGCGAUCUGCAUUCCUCUUCCCCCUUCUCCUCUCAACUCCAAGCGGCACCAGCGGCACCGGCGGAAUAUAUCCCCACGAACCCCGGAUUAACACAUAUCAACAGCCCCUUGACCCCUGACGACGAUCCCCCAAAGCCAUCAUAUUCCGUCCUCUAAAUACGGCAAUUCCCCCUCGAUGCUGGGUUGGGUUUCAGAUAUAUGCUUGUGGUCGUGGGUAAUUGCAAUGAUGGCCAUAAAAGACCAUGAAAAUGAUUAUCUAUAACUUACAUACUACAUCUAUCAAUAUGGCAAUUGCAGGUAUAAUGCGGUAGGUGGCGGGGGGGUUAAUCUAUUUUGCCCGAAUGCUUAUAUAUAUGGCCUCUUCAUCGUGUUCUUUUGCUUUCUUCGGUUCUUGUUCUUUAUCCCUUAGCAUCCUCCUUAGUCUUCUCAAGAGGCGUAUUUCAAAUAAGGUUAAUCCCAAGAUGCUUAGCAAAACCCUCACGGCAGUGGCGCUCCUUGCCGGAAAUGCGGCAGCUAAGAUCUUCUACGCCGGCGUCGCAGAGAGCGGCGGCGAGUUCGGCGUCUACAGCCCCACGGCGGAAGUUGGAUUCGGCCUCCCCGGCACCUUCGGCGUGGACUACAAGUUCAUCGACGAAGCUGGUAUCGACGUCUAUGUGGACCAGAACAAAGUUAACCUCUUCCGCGUCGCAUUCCUGCUCGAGCGUCUCUGUCCCGUUGAGACUGGCCUCGGUGCUACGUUCAGCGAGACUCACUUCUCCGAGAUCGAAGACGCGGUGAACUACAUCACCCUCACCAAGGGCGCCUACUGCAUUCUUGACCCGCAUAAUUACAUGCGCUAUAAUGACCCGUCGCAGCAGCCUAUGACGGGGAGUAUCAUCGGUGAUACGUCUGAUCCUACUGCGGCGACUACGGAGCAGUUUGGUGCGUUCUGGGGUGAGCUUGCUAGAAGGUUUGUGGAUAAUGAGAAGGUUAUAUUUGGGCUUAUGAAUGAGCCCCACGAUAUGGACACCAACCUCGUCCUCGCCAACGACCAAGCCGCCGUAGACGCCAUCCGCGCCACCGGCGCCCUCCAACUCAUUAUCGCCCCUGGCAACGGCUGGACGGGCGGCCACGCCUGGACCGAAGAUUACCCCGGCAACUCCCCCGCCUCGUCCGAGGUAAUGCACCAGCUGUCCGACCCGGCCUCCAACCUCGCCUUCGACAUCCACGAGUACCUCGACACCGAUUUCUCCGGCACGCACAGCUCGUGCGAGAACCUCGCUUCUACUGCUCUCGCCCCCUUGACCGCUUGGCUCAAAGAGCAUAAUUUCAAAGCUAUGAUCACCGAGUUCGGCGCAUCUAACGGCACACAGUGCGCGUCCUACGUGUCUGAUAUAUUGAAUUAUAUGGCCGAUAAUGAAGAGUAUAUUGGAUGGACUGCUUGGGCGGCCGGGCCGUUUUGGGGACCGAAUAGCCCUUGCUGCACUGAUUCGAAGCAGUUUGGAAGCUUGGAACCGGGGAGUAAGGCGGCGGAUGGGGGGGAGGGGUUGUAUGAUACGGUUUGGUUGGAGGAGAUGCAGCCGCUUGUGCCGACGGCGGAUUUGGUGUGGAGUGGGAUUUCGAGCGUUAAUGGGGGGGGAGGGGGGAAUGGAACGGUGGGGAAUGGGACGAGUCCGAAUUUGGGGAGGAGGGGGGUUAGGAGGGGACCGGUGAGGUUGUGA